CAUACACUCUAUGUCAAUCUUCCUAUAACUACACAUACAAACAUUAUAUCGUUUUUAAAUGUGAAUUUUCUUGUGAGAAACUCAUAUUGGGAUAUAGAAGAAAAUUACAAAUGGACGAGGAACUGAGAAAACGGACGAGGACAACAAUGUUGGACCAACUCGAAGAGGAGAGAACUUCCCCCGUGCUCGAAACUAUUGAAAGUGAAAGUGAUGAGGCUGCUGGCACCACCACUUCUGAUGAAUCUGAUGAAGAGUUGGAGUUUAGUGAUGAAGAAUUCUUUUAUGGUGGAGUACAAUUUGGAGUAGAGUUAUCGGAGGAUACCGAGUAUGAUGAUUUCGACUUUUAUCAGGAUAUGGAAGAAGAUGAAGUUGAUCCAGACGAAUUAUCGUACGAGGAGCUGCUUGCUCUUGGGGAGAUGGUUGGAGUGGAGAACACAGGAUUACCAAAAGCUGAAAUCACUAAACAUUUGCAUCCACUUACAUGUCAGUCUACCUCCAAUUUGAUUAUUGACAGGUGUGUGAUAUGCCAAGUGGAGUAUGAACAAGAGGAAGAACUAGCUGGCCUACAGUGUGAGCAUCUGUACCACAAGGAUUGUAUAGUCAAAUGGCUUCAAAUUAAAAAGAUGUAUAGGAACAUCCAGAACCUUUAUGUAUCUAAAAACACUUUUCAGGAUGUGCCCAGGCAGAAAAAAGGUGCCAAAAAAAAUGGCGAAUCCAGGCAAUACGAUCUCUUCAAGCAAAACGCUCAGCGUCUGAACGCGCACAAGCGGGAGAAAACUGCAACCAGAAAAUUGCCCACUGACUCUGAUGUCUUCGAGAUCGACGGGCCGAGAAAAUUGGCCGAUCUAAAAUUAAGAGAAAAAAAAAGAAAGAAAAAGGAGAUGCGUAUGUUGCGUUGGUUCUGCGGGAACACAAGAAGGGAUAGAAUCCAUAAUGAGGAUAUUCGAGAUAGGGUCGGGGUGGCUCCAAUUGAGGAGAAAUUGGUUCAACAUCGGCUGAGGUGGUUCGGACAUGUCCAACGGAGGCCUCUUGAUGCACCGGUGCGUAGGGGAGUUCUACAGCGGGUCGAGGAUGUUAAGAGAGGUAGAGGUCGGCCUAAACUCACUUGGGAAGAGUCGGUUAAGAGAGAUCUUAAAGAUUGGAAUAUCUCCAAGGAUUUAGCGGUGCAUAGGAGCGCUUGGAGGCUCGCUAUCAACGUGCCAGAACCGUGA